GUUGAUGAAGGUAUACUUGUCCAAUACCCUAAUCAAAUCUAUGAAUCAAUGUGUUACUCUGUUCUUGUAAAAGGAGCAAAAAGAGCACCACUAGUUGUGUGUGUUACCGCCUGUGAACUCCAUGGCGGCAACCGCCUUGCCGCCUUACCCACCGCCUUUGCCCUUGAAAUG